ACUUUUAUUUAUUCAAUCAAGUUAUCAGUAGAUAAGAUGCUGCUACUGGAAUAUGUAUAGAUUUAUUUGAACAUAACUAGCCUACUAUUUAUUGAUAAUAUCAUGGAUUCAACAUCGAGACAUAGACGACAUCACAGUACUGAAAAUGUUACUCACAAAUCAAAAAAUAAAGGCAUUUUAGUAUCUGGAGGCCAAUCUCGUAAACGGCCAGGUUCUGAAUCAGACAUAUUAGAAAUGCCUCAUGAAUCUUCUUUACAGCACCAAGACUCUAUUCAACUAGCUUACCACCACAGGCCAACAUUUGCUGCUUUAAAAGGCAGCACAACAGGUGCAGGACGACACAUAAAACCAGUUUAUAUUUGGACAAAGGAUGAAGUCCAGAAAUGGGUUAAACGACAUGCGCCAAGAUCUUAUGAGAAAUAUUCGAGUAAAAUGAUUGAACAUGAAAUCACUGGGCGGGCUUUAAUUUCACUCAAUGAUGCUAAACUAACAAGAAUGGGAAUGGUAGAGCCUGAGAUUCGAAAUGAACUUGUUACAGAAAUAUUAAAACUAAGAUUGAAAAGUUAUAUGCAAUGCUUCAAAGGCUUAGAAGGUGCCGGCAUGUUUGAAGUUAUGUGACACUUAUGUUUUUUAUAUUAAACAGGGGCUCACUUUGUAUAGAAGCAUUCUUGAAUAUGCCUUCAUUUGCAUUCCUAUUUUUAUUGUGAAAUAUUGGCAAUCAUGGAAUAUUUUUGAUGUUAUAUAAUCAGUUGGGUGCAGUUAUCCAAUUCCAAGAUCUGAAGAUGUCACGUCACUUGGUUCAGUAAAACAUACCUCUGUUUGUCUCUGAAACGAGGGCGUCUGGCACAACAGCAGAUGCAUCAGAUUGUGCCAUGCUUGUCUCAAUAAUAAUCUAAAUUAAUUGUAGCCACCAUGUGACCAAAGUUGCUUUUUUCGCUAAAAACUUUCGAAUAGUACAUAUGGUCAAUAUUUUUUCCCUUCGGAAAAUUGGAAGAUUUUUUUCUGGCGAAUCUGAUGGUGACGUUUUUAGAUUGUGCCUCCUUUUAGUUUGUUGUGUUUUGUCGAUUUAUGCCAAUAUGAAGGCCCAGACUCUCUUGUAAAGGAUCGAUUUGCACUCACUGUUAUAAUUGAUGUGGGAGCAAUUCUCGGAAUCGAAGAACUGUGCCAUACUGAUAUUAUUUGAUUUUUCAAUCAUGGUCUCUUAAAUUUCAAAACACCUGUUUAGUUAUAAUAUUUUUGAUAUUUCUUGCUACAUAAUUUAAACAUGCCAAUUUACUGUGAUUCUAUUACAGACAAUCACUUUAUUUGCUAAGGUAAUCUAAUUGCGCCACAUUGAGUUUGGUGUCCACAUAUUAGGAAGAGGUGACUGGUCACAGUCCUGGGUAUAUGUCAAGUCAAGUUUAUUUUUUCUGUAUGCCUAAAUGAAUUCCUGCUUUGAUUUAAUUAAAGUUUAUGCAUAUCAACAUGUGGCAAUGCUUGCAGACCUCAGUAGAUUAAGUGUUAAGAAUUAUUUACAAGAAAUUUUUGACUUGAAUGUAGAAAUCAAAUAUUUUGUUGUAACAUUCUCAGUGACACUUUGUAAUUUGUAUGUACCAAUUUGUGACUUCUACUAUCCUACUUUUAUAAUUAUCUCUUACAAGUUUUGAAGUACCAGUAGCUAUUUUUAUGUAAGAAUAUGUGAGAGGUUUCUAUUUUAUAAUAUUUGAAUGAAUGGUACUUAUAUGGCCAAUACAUUUAUUUUUGUAGACAUGCAAUUUGUUUACUCCGAAAUAUAUAUUUAAAUAUAAAGUUUUGACAAUUUUGCACAAUUAUUUGGAUACAUUUUUGUCAUUUGAAUCCGUCCACUGCGCUGGCAUGUUUCUAAUUUACUACUAACUUCAUAUAUCUUUAUAAUCAUGUUUUUGUUGAUUUUCACAGA